AUGAACCGGAAUUAUAUUUUUGUUUUCAUUUUAUUAGUAGCUACAUUUUCCAUGAUCAAUGCCGUUCCACACCAACUUCGUAAAAGAGAAACUAAAUUUGGACCAUGUGGUGCUGAAUCACUCACUGUAAAUAUCGUCCCUGAUCCUCCUGUUUCUGAAAAACCUGUGACUUACACUGGUUCCGGUACAUUAAAAUUUAAUAAUAUAAUCGCAGGAAAAACCAUAUUUGCAAUUGGAUAUGGUGAUACGGCCGGUAAACUCUUAAGUGACCCCUAUUAUCAAAAUUUUACUGAGUCAUAUAACGCAGGAGAACCAUUUACAAUUACUGCAAAAAAUGUUCCAACACCUAAACUUCCUAAAACGUACGUUAUUGAAGUUGACAUUUUUGAUAUAAUUGAUAAUCCAAAAGCCCCAUUAUAUGCCUGUGCAUCUACUACAGUUGGAGGAACUCCUGGAGAAGAAGUUUACCCUAUUGCUGGUUACCCUAUCGCUGGUUAUCCAAUCGCCGAGCGUUCCUAA